GUACGUAUCUUACCGCAGACGGCGUUGCAUGUGGAAACUUUGCAUGAGUGCCGUGAACGCACAUUAAUUUUUUUCUAACUUAUUCGGAAUGUACUGCUGUGCAAUGUCAUUUUUGAUUUGUGCAGAUGAAAGUGUGCAGAUACAAGACAACUAUUUCUUUUCACGUUUCAACUAAAUUUACGGGGGAGCUGUGAUGGGACCGCCGUGUCGUGAUGGGUCGUGUCGGCGUUGGAGGUGCAUAAUCAGCUGAGGUGGUGCUGUCAGUGACUGAACGAUUGGGAAUGUUAUCCGUACCGUCUUUAGAGCGAACAUUUGAAGCUCAAUGUGGUGUGAAUGCAUUGACGAUUCACCACUAAGCAGUGCAAUGUUGCUCAUGCUCAACAAAUUGCCGCCCACCACGGUACUUACCACGACGUAAGCCGAGGCGACAUAGCAUUGAACCAUGGAUGAUAUCAAGUUCAAGGAAGGCUUUCUGUGUCCUAUAUGUGUCAAGGACCUAAGAACGAUUGCAGAACUGACUGCUCACUUUGACACUGCUCACUCUGCGGAGGAUACAGAUGUGCUUCAAUCUUUGAAGGGAUUUAUCGGACGGGCAAAGCGCAAGCUGUUGAAAGAGAAAGAUGGUGCAAAAGGAGACGACGACGAACUCGGGGCAACGUCGGAGCGGCUCGCACGUCUCAACUGGGAACCGCAAGGACUCGGCGUCACGCAAACACACACCGAGCACUUCCGCGAAAUUCGAUCGCAUCGUGUCGACCUCUAUGUUAGUCAAACAAAUAAGCUGCUCCUCAGGCUGAAAAAGUUGAUCACGAAUGCUCCUAGCGAUCCGGAAAAAAGGAAAGAACACGAAAAAUCUCUCGUCCCGUGGGUUGAAGAUGGCGAUGUAAGAUUGUGUCCGGGUUGCGCCAAAUCUUUCAACUUGUCCAGGCGGCGUCAUCACUGCAGGCUCUGCGGCGGAAUCAUGUGCCAACUUUGUUCUCAGUUCAUGGAGUUUGCUCUUGCAAGAAAGCUUAUUAACCUCACGGGCGGUAGUCCCAUGCUAGUCCCGCAAGAGAAAACCCGCAGUCCCUUGGCAAGGCGCGGCAGCAUUAGCAGCCUCGCUUCGGUGAUGAGCCCUGCAGGUGACCCUCACCUGCGGCUCUGCAGGGAUUGUCUAGCCCUCCUCAACCGCAGGGAUCGGCAGAUUGAGCAGAAAAUGUCGCACCCCAUUGUAGUGGAAAUGUAUAAGACAAUGAAAGGCUUCAUGGACGAAGCAGAAGGCCUGAUCCCAGAGUACUGCAGGAUGGUAGAUUCUUUGCAGGAAGGUCAGUCAGAUUACACACUGGAGGAAGUGCAGAGCUUGCGGGUGAAGCUCACAAAGAUUGCUGAAAAUGUGGACCUCAUCAGCCGCAAGAUCGGCAUACUGGGCACCCAGGACGGAGGAGCAGAUGGCAGCGGUCCGUCUCCGAGGGCGUUGCAACUUCAAGGAUGCGUGAGGUUGGCCGCAAGCCACUUCCUGCGACAGAACAUGCUCGGCCUCCCUGCGCCUCCGUCCAAGGAAGAGCUGGUCAGACUGCAGGGGGCACGCAGGGAACAGUUGCAGCAGCGUAUUCAGCGUGAGAAAGCUGCUGCCGUGGAGGCACAGCAGCGGCAGUCCAACCAUGCUCCGCCGAGCAUCCAGAAAUUGCCGCUAAAGCCGACCCACACGGCGGACCGCAGUACGAGUCCCUCCACCUCGACGCCUGUCACAGACAGCGGAUGGAGUCCCGCCAAUGUGGUGUCAGCUCGACAGGGCUCCACUGCAUCGGCAGCGGAAGACCCCAUGGUGCAGCAGAUGAACAUCAUCCGUGGCUACAUUCAACAGGCGAGAGCGGCGCGGCGCAUGGAUGAGGUGGCCAUGCUGGAAGCGAACCUCAAAGAACUGAAGCAGGAGUACCUGCGCAUGACCAUGAAAGAGACGUAGUAGCUAGACGUAGAGAGGAAAUUAUUAUGUGAAUAAGAUUGAACAUAUACGGGGCCCUGUGUUUUCAGUUGUUACGUUUUUUGAAAAUCAGGGGGGUAAAAAUUGGAUUUUAGUUCGGAACCCGUAAAAAGGUAGAAUAGGGCGAUAUUGGGUGGAAAAGCAGAUUUUCGGGUGGGAAAUUAAAAACGAAGUGCUUCUCGCAUUUGAGAUUAACAUGAGGUGCGGAGCAGUUGUGCUGAGUGUCCAGUGCUUAGCAUUCUUCAGUGCCCAUAUUGCUGGCUGAAUAUGUACUUUGCCAAGUUAAUUAAGAUGAUGACGCAAGUUGAAGGUAACAACGGGUUUUUCAGGGUUUUGCUCAAAAACACAGGGCCCUAAACAUAUACUGGUUGUAGAUACGGCUGCCAGGCGGUCUGUGCUUUCUGUUCCUUCAGUUAGUUAUCUCAUGCGUUGGACACAUUAUACAAAUCUGAACUUUAGUAAGUCUCGUGUUCAUGAAACAACAAGUUGAAGAAGUUGAAAGAUGAGAAAGUAGUACGUAUAGCAUCGGGGAAGGUAAAUAUAAUUCAUCACGUAAAAUUCCAAACCUGUGCACCUUACACUGUAAGCAAGCAGGAAUGUGGUACAAGAAUCUUGGAGCAACACUCAGUGUUAUGCUAAAAGUGUCGCAGACAGAAUACUUGCAGCUUAAAUAGUGUACAGACCAGCUAGGAGAGAGUGUAUGUAUGUGAGAGUGUGUGUGUUAGUCAGAUUUUCACAUUAAAUGUUAAACUUGGACAUUUAAACGACGACUGAAGCAUAAGUGCUCUCUGUGAGGAGUACCUGUGGACCUGCACAUGUGCCGAGGCCCAUUUUGUGUACGUGCGGAGUGAAAGCGGGAUAAUGACUGCCCCACGUACUGAGACGUAGGUUUAAAUUGAUUAUAAACAGAUUAUUGCAGUUUGCAUUGUUUUUUCUUUUAUCAGGUUAGAGAUGUGACCUGCAAGUUCGCGUAACGUAGACGAUAUGCCGCAGAGCUUAAUGGUCCGCAAUGCUGAAUAGCUCGACGUAUCCCGUAAUUUGCUGUGUGGAGUUAUCACAGAAUUUGUUUGUCCACCAAAGCGUAACUUUAGGGAAAUGCUGAGUAUAAUUCCCACGUGCUUUGCCUGUGUUGGCCAUCAAAUUUUUAUUCUUGUGCAUUGUGUCGCUGAAUGAUGUUUUCUGAGGAAAAAAAGUGGUGCUCUUGUAUGUACAGGUCAAGAGGAGCCCAUAUAUUUAUAUAUUUUGUGUUUGGCAUUUUGAACAAAAUAUGUGUUACCCUUGCAAGAAAUUGCCUGUCGCUUAACAGCCUCUUGUAAAUGAAACAGCCCUGCCGUAAAAGUGUGUUGCGAUGUCUUAAUGUUAAGCCUGCUUUAUUAAUGCACAUAACGGCAUCAAUUCUGCUCCCAUUGUACUGUGUCGCUUGUGCAAGGUACAACCAAAAGAGUAAUGAAAAGAAAGUAUUUUGUACAAGG